AAGAUUCUACGUUACAGAGGAAAUCGGAGUAUGAAACGGAAAACCGGAUCUUGACAUGUGAUACUGAUGAUUGCAGCAGUUUGUUGCGUUUUAACGAAGGUUAGAAAUCUGCCUAAAGUAACUCCAUGGACGAAAAAAGAGAGGAACACACUUUCUAAAGCAAUACAAGAAGAUGCAACAUAUUUGACAUUGGUUGAACAUAUCAGGGAUCAGGAUUCAAUGCCUAAGUCAAACCGUAGGAUCAAUAAAAAAAGUAAAAAGAGGAGUUUGCAACCCAGAGACUUUAUAGAAUUGGUUGAUUCAUUAAGAGGAAGAGACUUUGAUUGGUUUAAAAUAUCAUCCGAACAUUUUGAGAAUGUACACUCGCCACUCGAUUGUAAAGUCAUGUGGAAUGUUUUUCUCCACCCUCGAAUCAAUAAGAAUUCUUGGACAAAAUUGGAAGACAUUAAACUGGAGGAAAUUGCAAAGGGACACCAGUUUCAGGACUGGGAUGGAGUUGCUAAAGAAUUAAAUACAAAUCGUACAGCAUAUCAGUGUUUUAUUAGAUAUAACACAACAAGGAAAUUUCCCAAAGCCACAAACUGUGUUUGGGAAAAGGAAGAGGAUGAUAGGCUUUUAAAAUUAGUGAAAAUAUUUAAAAUUGGUAACUUCAUUCCAUGGGGUGAAAUAGGAAGUUGGAUGAAAAAUAGAACCAAGCAGCAAGUAUAUUUUAGAUGGACAUAUAGUUUGACACCAUGCUUAACAAAAGGUAGAUUUAGCAAAUCCGAGGAUAAUAUUUUAAGAGACGCUGUUUCUAAAUACGGUACAAAUUUUCGGAAAAUAUCCGCUGCUUUGAUGCCCCAUAGAUCAACCGUUCAACUUCACGAACGUUAUCAAACGUUAACUAUGAACCAAACUGAAAACUGGAAUGUAUGGACGUUAAAAGAAGAUUCAACGCUGUUAAAACUCUUUGAAUCUUUUGGUACAAAUUGGGCCAGAAUAGCUAAAGAAUUUUCAUGUAAGACAAGAAUUCAAUUAAGACAUAGACAUGCUGCUAUACAAAGAUAUGUUAAGAGGGGUAUUUCGAUUUUUGAGUUACAUAACCCCCACUUGAAUAGUAGGCGCAUAGAGAAGAAUCAAGGAAAGAAAAAUGAAGAAUCCAAUCAAAGUAAGCUUAAUUAUAAUAAGAGUGCGUCAGAUAGGGAUUAUAAUGUUGACCAGGAAUUGAUCGAAUAUUUCCGUAAAGAACAAACAACAGCAAGAUCUGUUCGUGAACAGAAGUGUUAUACUACGAACGAUCUUAACAACAAAACGAAACAAUUAUACAAUAUUUUACAGUUACUAAAUGCCAAUCUUUCUAUACCCGAUGACAUUAACAAUUUUAAGUUACACGACAAACACAGACAGCUUCUGUAUUCAUUAAAAGAAUAUAUAGCUGCAAAGAACGCCGGGAAUAUGCAGCACAAAGCAGUAGUAGAUAAAUGUAGUUCCCUUAUGUUUGGAAUAAGUAACACUACAAAAGAAGGUUCUCGUCCUACACUGCUGGCUUCUUCUGGGUCGCGUGUAAAAUUAAAACGCUCGUAUAAAACACAGGGCAUUGAUUACCACCUAAACACAAAUAAUACCUUUCUAGUCGAGAGGCCAAAAGAUUUUCAGAAUUUAGAUUUUGUAACUUUUCAUAUCGGUGGCAACGAACAAGAAUUGCAAUUCGAAAAGUUCAGUCGUUCGUUAGUACUGCACAGUCCAAAAGGCAAGCUAUUUGCACAGAAUAACGAGGACUCUUUUGCAGUUUCGUUUGGAACGUCUUUAGAUCAUAAUAAUGGCGGCAUAAAUAAUUUGAACUACUUCAAAAAAAUUCGUUCAAAGAAUAUCGUCGAUUAUUCGCCUGUAGAAAGCAGCAGUAUUCAUGAUCGUGUGAACUGUGCAAUGCUACCGAUCGUAAAUUACGGAAAAUCACAUAAAUCAUCGACAAAAAAUAUUACUUCGUCCGACAUGCGUAACAUUAAAAAAACAUCCGACAAACAUAUAAAUUCAUCCGCAAUUGAAACAACAUACGCGACUCUACUGAGUUUAAAAAAUUUAAUGUAUUUCAAGCAACUAAACGAAAUAUACAAUAAUCCACGUCAAACUCCCGCGAUGUCAAAGAGAUUUCAAGAAUCGGUCAGAUUAUUAGAAAUGCGAUUAGAACUAUUGUUCACAUAUCCGAUUGGUCUGUCGAAAACCGUGUUACCUCAGUUUUACGCGAUGGAUACAUUUUCAUACGAUGACGUUACACCGAAAAGAAAAACCCCUAAAAUGCUGAAAAAGCAGAAGACAAAAUUGCGAUCGCACAAUACAAGUGAUGAGGACGUAAAUCAAUAGGUGGUAAAUCAAGUGGUCGAAUCACCUCGGUUUAUCAGGGAUUUUGUAAAAUCAAUUUCAACCGUAAACAUAAUAUGUUCAUGGGUACUUUAGUGAAACCAAAAAUCGAGCAAACUUAAUAUUUUAUUCGAGAUAUAGAAAACUAUUUCGGGAAAUAACUUACUUGAGAAAACUUCUAUCUUUCAUAUUUAA